AUGGCCAACUGGACUUCUGAGAAGCACGGUUCCGAGACCAAAUCUACGGAGCAGGUCUCAGGAAGUUCUGCUGCCAAGCUAUGCGGAAACGAGACGCUGAUGCUGCACAAUCUCAUCGGCAUCCUGGGCUUCGAGACGACCCAGGCACCAUCAGUCAAGGAUCCUUGCUGCCGCUGUGUUGAGGAUGCCACUGGUGUCAGUGCCGCUGCCAUCACCUACCGACGCCGCUGUAUUGGCGCUGCUGUAUUGGCGCUGCUGGUGUUGAUGUUGCCGUGCUGGAUGAUUCCAUCAUCGUCUGGUGUUGAUGACAGAAUCGCGGCUGCUGCCCUUGUCCUUCAACGCACGGUACUCUACAGAGUAUAUUGA